AAUAAUAAUUAAUUUAAUAAUUAAAACAAAAAAAAUAUAAAAAAACAUAAAAUACGUAAUAGAAACUUAUAUCAAAUAUACAAUUAACUAACCAUUAUGAGCAAAUACGUCGAUCCUUAAAUUGACAACAUUGUUAAAAGAAGAAAAAAAACUUAAAUCUUCAAAUACAAAUAUUAUUCAGAGCAAUUUACUCCCAAUGAAUAGAAGACUAUCAACUAAGCCUUGAACAUCAUUAGCAGAGACUACUCUGCCUAAAAGGAAAGUCUUAACUAUGAAGAAGCUAAAUUCAUCUGCUACUACUUCUAUUCUGUAUUUGAGAUAUCUAGAAAAGAUUUCUCAUUUCUUGAUAAAGAACUCUUUUAAUUAUAUCAUAUUGAUGGAUAAAUGAAUGAAAUCCGCAAAGUUGUUGAUAUAAUUUUGAAUAUGAAGAAACUCUAACCCUCUUUACAACUUCGCUCAAUGGGAUUAUAUAACUAAUCAGAUAUAGCAGAUAAUCUCUCUGAGAAAUAAAUUAUUUAAAUUGAAAAAACUUGGUCUAGUUUUGACGAAGAAUAAGAGGGAUUUAUAAGCAGCAAUGAUGCUGAAUUGCCAAUUUUUUAGCUUCUUUCAGCCUAUGGUAUUGAUAAGAAUCAUCCUGAUAUGCCUAAAAUCAAGGAAUUUGUAGAUGCAUGGAAACAAAAAACUAGUUUCUAUAUCUUUUUCAAUGAAUAUGCUUCCCUUAUUUGUGAAAUUAAUAGUAGAUUUCACCUCUUAAAGAAGAGCAAAAAAGCAUCUUGUUCUUGUAGUAUUUUCUGA